UGCCUCUCCUUCUCCUUGACAAGCUGUGCACUAUUGCCCUGAGACAGUUCUAAAUGAUGUCAUGGCAUCCACACACAUGGGGAAUGCAGGGAAUGCCGACGUGACAAACCGACCCCCGUGUGUGUCCGCCUUGUUCCAGGCCCAAGAUCCCGUCCAUCGCCACGGGCAUCGUGGGCGGCCUGCUGCUCGUGCUCCUGCUGGCCCUGAGCGUCGGCCUCUUCAUGCGCAGGCGCCACAUCGUGCGCAAGCGCACCCUGCGCCGGCUGCUGCAGGAGCGAGAGCUCGUGGAGCCUCUGACGCCCAGCGGAGAAGCUCCCAACCAAGCUCUCUUGAGGAUCUUAAAGGAAACAGAAUUCAAAAAGAUCAAGGUGUUGGGCUCGGGAGCAUUCGGCACCGUGUACAAGGGACUCUGGAUCCCAGAAGGCGAGAAGGUUAAAAUUCCGGUAGCUAUCAAGGAGUUAAGAGAAGCCACAUCUCCAAAAGCCAACAAGGAAAUUCUUGAU